GCCCUUUCGUAUCCGAUCCGGUUAGUUCAGGCAUCCUUCCUGUCAUUCAUCCGGAGGGCAUCAUUUCGUAAAUCCGUCGCUUUGAUAGUAGGAUAAAUUCACCUUUCGUUCACAGAGUUUGUACCGUAUCUGUUGCAGGGACAGUAGUCGACGAUGGCGUCAAAUCCAAAGACACCAAUAACCUGGGCGGCAUCGUCCAAGGAAGAUGUGUCCAAAGUGGGAUUUCUGGACCUACCACGCGAACUCCGCGAUAUGGUCUACGAGUUCGCGUUCCGCAUCAAAGGCGCGGUUCUCGUCUACUCGUGCGACCCCUUCGCCGUUCGGCCCGUGACGAAAGCGCUGAACAUCCGGCACGGCGGCGAAGGACCGAUUGAACCACAGCCGUUGGGCAACAGCCAGAUCCCUGUAGCACUUAUCAGAACAUGUCAACAACUUCGAGCAGAAAGCAGCCCUGUUUUCUUCGGAACCAACGUGCUCUCUUUUUGGGCGCUGGGAAACAUCGACGUCGGCCUCGCCAAUCGAUGCUUGGUGCGGCACAUUGUCACUGAAGCAAGUCCUCGCGGCAUCUUCGACAAGUCUCUCGAACACGUGAGCUAUUGCUGGAAGAGAAGGUUUUGGCCUGAGAUAUUGCGUAGCAGUGAGGCUAUACUGGAGCAGUUCCCAAACCUGGAUACGCUGACGUACUCGCUGAAGCCACCGCGCGAGGUGAUUUGGAAGCCUGCUUUCUUUGAGGUGGCGAACAAGACCAGAAAACAGCGUGUCGAUCUGGUUGCCAGUUGGAUGGGUCAGAUGUGUUCUUGGGAGAAUGAGCGACUGCAUCGGAUUUUGCAUCUUGAAAUGGUGCCUUCGCCUGGGCUGUCGAGGGAUGAUUAUGCGGGUUCGCGGUUUGUUCCUGAAGACGAGGACGUGUGGGACUAUACUGAGUUCGCAGAUGCGUUUGAGCGGAUGAAGAGAUCAGUGUAAUCGGAGGGAAGGAGAGGCAGAUCGAUCAAUUAAAAGCAAUAUGAACGCCCUAGCCGUGAC